CAUGUAAAGGCGUCUGUUGCUUUAGCGUCAAGAAGCUGCGCAAUAUCUUUUGCGCAGCUCGACGCUCGAGUCGCUCAACGCUCGACGCUUGCAUGUAACUGCACCUUUAGGCGUCUUCACGUGACAUCACUUUAAUUCCUGCGUCAAAAGAAGGAAGUUGAAUUUCUUUAAUUUCUAGCGUCAACAACAGCGUAGCGAAUAGUGCAAUAUGAACAUUGUGUUUUAGUAAGAUAACCAUGAUAAAUGAAUAUAGAAUUGUUCACACUUGUGGAAUAUGUGAAGAAAUAUGUGAAGCCGAAAAUUUAAAAAAUCAUUCUUGUUUGGAAGGUUAUAAUAACUAUCUUAUUAACGAAAAUACUAUAUAUUUUUAUCCAGUAUUAGAUAAUGGUACUGCAAUUAUUCGACGUAGUGCAAUUAAUAAUGAAAAGAAAAUUAUGGUAGAACCAUUUCAACAAGUAUUUUUGAAAAUAAUUAUGUCAGCAUAUACAUCAGCAGCUACAUCAAAUAAAAUUAAAACACACAGAAGAACAUCAAAAUUUAACUUUAAUGAUGAAGAAACUCUGAUACUUGAGGUACGAAAUAGGUCUGCAUUGUGGAACUAUUCAUUACCAUUAAAAGAGCGAAAUCUAAAAAUUAAAAAGCAAUUAUGGGAGGAAAUUGCACAAAUUUUUAACAGAAAAUUUAGUGUAGAAGAACUCAAAUUAAAAUUUAAAAGUCUUCAUGAUACAUUUAGAAAAAUUAUACACUCUGAGCAUCAAGUAAGUGGGUCUACCCGAAAAAAUUUUACGACAAAAUGGCCUCAUUAUCAGUCUAUGCAGUAUCUUCGUGAUCCUUGCUUAGAUAAAACGACAAUGUUUAACAUUGAAAUUGACGAAAGAAAUAGAACAUUAAAUACAUCAAUUAAUGACGAUGAUGUCGAAAGUAUUUUACCAGAUAAUGGUACUACAAUUAUUCGACGUGGUGCAGUUAAUAAUGAGGAGAAAAUCGUGACAGAACCAUUUCAACGAACAACUAGGUCAGCAGCUACAUCAAAUAAAAUUAAAACACACAAAAGAACAUCAAAAUUUAACUUUGAUGAUGAAGAAACUUUGAUACUUGAGGUACAAAAUAGGCCUGCUUUGUGGAACUAUUCAUUACCAUUAAAAGAGCGAAAUGGAAAAAUUAAAAAACAAUUAUGGGAGGAAAUUGCACAAAUUUUGAAUAGAAAAUUUAGUGUAGAAGAACUCAAAUUAAAAUUUAAAAGUCUUCAUGAUACAUUUAGAAAAAUUAUACACUCUGAGCAUCAAGCAAGUGGGUCUACCCGGAAAAAUUUUACGACAAAAUGGCCUCAUUAUCAGUCUAUGCAGUAUCUUCGUGAUCCUUGCUUAGAUAAAACGAGAAUAUUUAACAUUGAAAUUGACGAAAAGAAAAGAAUAUCAAACACAUCAAUUAAUGACGACGAUGUCGAAAGUAUUUUACCAGAUUCUACCGAAAGAAGAAAGAAACCAAGAAACGAAGGAAAUACAAAUGGACUCGAGAGAAUUACUCUUUGUCAAUCCAACAAUGAUUUUUUUUCAUCCCCACCUUCGGUGCCAGAUGAAAUAGACUCAUUUUUGUCAAGUGUAGGACAUCGUUUAAGACGAAUGCCGUCUCGAGAGCAACUAGAUAUAAUGCAACAAAUAUUUGAUAUUACAUAUAGAGCAUUAAUAAAAAAUGAGUAAAAUUACCACAGCGCGAGCAAAAUGCGCAAUCACAAGUAUUAAAAUUAAAUUAUUUAUUUAUUUUUAAAUUACAAACAAACAAACAUUGUGACUCUUUUGGAAUCACAUUCAGCAUAUCAAUAUGCAGAAACAAUUCUAGCCAUCAUCGGUUAGCAAAAACGGAAAGCAGUCGAGUCAUUAACGCUGCAACGGUUUGCCAAAUCCGUAGUGACAUCUUUACCUUUAUUACAAUUAUUAUUUUAUUUUUGAGUAUAUUUCUAAACAUACAAUAAAUGAAACACAAUAAAACAUGUA